CGUCUACGCCUGUGCAUGUGUAGGUUAUUUUCUGCAUGCGUUUUGUCCCUGCGACGGUGACAGUUGUCAUCCUCCCUCAGCUAUCGCACCUGCUUGGACAUUCUUUGGAAAGUGAGCACGUCCUCCUUCAAACCUUCACUCGGAAACCUUCCUUCCCACGUCACAGCAUUUCCUGUCAUGUAACCAGCCGCACACGCCCAACGCUCACCACUGAAUGGAGACACACAACACACACUGGGGCAUCACAACAACACUAAUGCGUGUGCGCUCCUGGGUGUUUGGUGAGACGGGCGUGGUCCUGCUGGCCGUCCUCGCGCUGAUGAUGUCUGUGGGACGCCUCGCCACCACAGCCACUGCACCUUUGCAGGAGGAAGGCAGCGUAGCCUCCAACAGCCUGGAAGAGAGCCAGGUGACGGCGUUCUGGUGGGGCGAGUGGGCUAAGUGGACGGCAUGCACGCGCACCUGCGGCGGCGGCGUCAAGUCACAGGAGAGACACUGCCUCAAACAGCGAAAGAAAGUUGCUGCAUUCAAGGACAACAUGACGUGCUCAGGAACCUCCAAGAGAUACCACCUGUGCAACGCACAAGACUGUCCGGCCAGUGGCCAAAGCUUCCGGGAGGAGCAGUGCUGGUCCUUCAACUCACAGCUCUACGGUGGCCACAGCUACCAGUGGAAACCUCUCUAUCCGGACGACUAUGUGCACAUCUCCAGCAACCCGUGCGACCUCCACUGCACUACCGCCGAUGGCCAGCGUCAGCUGAUGGUAGCUGCGCGCGACGGCACGUCCUGCAAGUACAGCAGCUACCGCGGCGUCUGCGUGGACGGUAAGUGUGAGCCAAUCGGAUGCGAUGGCGUUCUCUUUUCAUCCAACACACUCGACAAGUGUGGAGUCUGUCAGGGUGACGGCAGCAGCUGCAGCAGAGUCACUGGAAACUUUCGCCGCGGGGCCACCACGCUCGGUUACGCCUUCAUCACGCAAAUUCCUGAAGGAUCAUGGGACAUCCAGGUGAUCGAGAGGAAGAAGUCAGCCGACGUUCUCGCCGUGACUGACCAGGCGGGAAACUUCUUCUUCAAUGGUGCCUACAAGGUGGACAGCCCUCAGAACUUCCAUGUGGCGGGCACUGUCUUCAAGUACCGCCGCCCCAUGGACGUCUAUGAGACGGGCAUCGAGUACAUUGUCGCCAAAGGGCCCCUGGACCAGCCCGUCAAUAUCCUGGUGUGGAAUCAGAAUGGCCGCACGCCGUACAUCACGUACGAGUACACAGUCCUGAGAGACUCCCUGCCACCCAUGCCGCCGCCGCCCGUUUACACGGGCGCUGACAGCUCAGUGGAGGCUGCGCCCCUGCCGGCGCACAACGCCAGCCGCUACCAGCAGACGCCGGCUGGGGGGCGUAUGGAGGGGCCGGGGGGCGCCGCACAGCAGGAGACCAAUGAAGUCUACGAGGAGACCGCACACAUACACUGUGACACGGACACACACUAUACAGAGGGCAACAGCAGCGAUACAGGGAGCACCGCCAACCCAGUCCCCGCCGACGUGCCCCUGGACCCUGAGGCUGAUGCCCCUAACCUCAUCUGGAGGGUCCUGCUGGAAGGACGCUUGAGCCCGGAGGAGCUGCUCAUCAAUAUUUCCACCAAUCAGCUGCUGGAGAUGGAAGGAGAUGGCUUGUUCUCUGCUGGCCCUGGCAGCCCGGAGCCCGACGGACCGCUUGUACUCAACCAGACCCUAGAGUUCACGCUCGGACGCAAACGCAAUGACAGCAGCGCAGACAUCUUCUACCACAACAAGACGCUGCACGCCGCGGGCAGGGCCGGCGGACGCUCCAACAGAACAAGGGGGAAUUCAAGGCUCUACCAAAAGAACCUGAAGCUGAGUCCGGCCGACAUGUAUCGCUGGAAGCUUUCCUCUCAGGAGCCCUGCAGUAUGACCUGCUCCAUCGGCGUGUCCAAGUCGUUUGUCACGUGUAUCCGCUACGACGGUGUGGAAGUACACGACAUGUAUUGCGACGCGUUGACCCGACCGGAACCGGUCCACGACUUCUGCAUCGGGCGGGAGUGUCAGCCCAGGUGGGAGGCCAGCAGCUGGAGCGAGUGUUCGCGGACCUGCGGCGAGGGUUUCCAGUUCCGGCAGGUCCGAUGCUGGAAGAUGCUGUCACCUGGCCUGGACAGCUCCGUCUACAGCGACUUGUGCACCAUGGCGGACCUGGACAGACCCGUGGAGAGACGGCCCUGCAAGAGUCCUGCAUGCGGCCCGCAGUGGGAGGUGGCCGAGUGGACGGAGUGUACUGCGAAGUGUGGCCGAAGAGAUCAGGUGACCCGUGACGUCCGCUGCUCUGAAGAAAGUCGCCCGUGCGACCCCAUGACCAAACCGGCUGGUGUCAAGAACUGCACAGGUCCGCCCUGCGAACGCCACUGGACUGUGUCCGAAUGGGGGCCCUGCUCAGGCCCAUGCCCGCACGGGAGGAUGGUGCGCCAUGUGUACUGCAAGGCCCCCGAGGGCCGGGUGGUGGCCGAGGAUCAGUGUCCUGGGGACGAGAAGCCGCUCGCCGUUCAGCCCUGUGGGGAGAGGGACUGUCCUGCCCACUGGUUGAAUCAGGACUGGAAAAAGUGUAACACCACAUGUGGCCGUGGUGUUAAGCGGAGGAUCGUCCAGUGUGUGGGGAUCAGCGGCGGUAAGUUCCUGGUCUUUGAGGAGGAGGCGUGCGGCGCCGACGAGCGGCCCGAAGAUGAGAGCACCUGCUUCGAGAGGCCAUGCUUCAAGUGGUACACCACACCCUGGUCCGAGUGCACCAAGACGUGCGGUGUGGGCGUGAGGAUGCGUGACGUCAAGUGUUACCAGGACCGCGAACUGGUGCGAGGCUGCGACCCACUCACCAAGCCUGUGUCCAAGCAGACAUGCAGUCUGCAGCCUUGUCCCACUGAGCCGCCAGAUGAGAGCUGCCAGGACCGGCCCACCACCAACUGCCUGCUGGCUCUCAAGGUCAACCUGUGCAGUCACUGGUACUACAGCAAAGCCUGCUGCCACUCCUGCCGGGCCCUACGAUCGCCCGUGUCCUAGAGCCCCAAACCCCGCCGCCUUUCCCAAAACCCGUGCACAUGGAUUUUGUUCAUCAGGUAGCCCGAGUGCAACGUUUACAUUCUCAAAAGACAAAGUCAACACACACAAAAAGUUUAACAGCUUUGCUGGCUGUCAGGCUUCCUCACACGGGGCAUUAGAACUUUUUGGUUUGUACCAGAAUCCUGCACUCUCGUCUUUUCGCAUCAUCCCUCACUCUCCCCCUACCUCUCGUUCUCCUUUUUCCCAGCAGCCUUCCCUCAUGCUAUCUUUCCAUUUCUCCCUCUUUUCCAUCAUCCUCUCUCUAACAUGCUCCUCUCUCAACUGCUUUCUUUUCCCCAGCCUUCAUCACUCUCUCUCUUCCCCAUCAUCCCUAUGCUCUCCUGCGCUAUAAACGUCCCUCUGUUUCUUUCAUCAUCUCUCUGUCCUUUUACCCAUCAACUUUCACUCUCUCUUUCUCACUCAUUUUUCCCCCUUCAUCCUCUCUUGCUUUUGUUCUCAUCAUUCUUGCUUUCUCCCAUCGUGCUGGUCUUUCUCUAUUUCUUUCUCAUCAUUCUUCCUCUCUUUUUCACAUUAUUCUCUUUCUUUGUUCUUCCCAUCAUAAUUCAUUCUCUUUUGUCCAUCAUCCUUCUAUCUCUUUCACUUGCUUUCUCAUCACUUUUUUCUUUCCCAUCAUCAUUCCCUCUCUCUUUCUCAUUUCAUCAUUCUCACUUGUUCACAUCUUUCUCUUUCUCUGUCUCUCUCUUUCUUUCUCUCAUUCCCCGUCACUCUUCAUCCCAUCAUCCUUUGCUGUCUUUUUCUCAUCAUCCUUCAAAUGCUUUCUCUUUAUACAUCACCCCCUCACUCUCAUUCUCAUCAUCUCUCCCUCAUUCACUUUCUCGCACACUUGUGUGUCUUCAACCCUCAGCUUAAAUUAGCCUUUAAACUUGAACCAGAACAAAGGUGAUGAUGCCGAUGAUGAAGAUGAAGAUCCUCUCCUCCUGCAGCCUGACAGCAAAUGGUGUGCGCCUCUCUCGACAAGACAAUCUUCCAUUCAAUCAUUAAAUAUUAUUUAACAGUGACAGAGAGUGAAAUGUGCACGCUGGCGUAUUUAUUAGUCAUCGCACAUUUAAAAAAAAAAAAAACAUUAUCGUUAUUACUUUUUCACAUAAGCACGACCGCCUGACGUUUCUCCGCCGGGACCCAAAAAGAAAAAUGAGAAAAAAGAAAAAUGAUGGCCGACAGAGGAGCCGAGAUUCCUGACACUUGAAAUGUAUUCAGACGUGUUUAACUUUCUGUCUUUGAUAAAUAUAAAUAUAACGGAUACCUCUUUGUACGACGCGGCAGGACGCACAAACCGAUGUUGUUAAUAAACACAACAAAAUGUA